UUAUUUGUAUUGUAAGCAUUGUUUUCUUAUACAAAUAUUAUUUCAAGUUUGUUGAUUAAAAAAACAAGAAUUAUUGUUUGAUGGCACAUAAGAGACCUUUUGGUGAUGUGGAAAGGGAGGGCCUCAAUAAUCAAUCCAAACGAAGGAUUAUUACUGCUUCUUCUAUUUUUGCUCAAAAUGUGAUGCCUGGGCUUUCAUCACAUGAAUUAGCCAUAACUUUGGAACCGUUCCUUCGAAAUUUGGUGCGAGACGAGGUUCAUCGUUCAUGUCAAAGAUUCUUUUCUACAAGACCUAUAUCUAUCAAUGCACCUGAAACAAUUAAAAAGACUUCAUUGCAACUGCGUUUUCUUGCAAGACUGCCGAACACAUUCUUCACUGGCAGUCAAAUAGAGUCGGCCGACAAUACUAGUGUGAAGCUAGUGUUGUUUGAUGUCGAUUCCAACAAAGUUAUAUCAAGUGGACCCUUUUCAUCCAUGAAAGUAGAGAUUGUUGCGCUUGAUGGCGAUUUCUGUGUUGGUGAUGAAGAAGAUUGGGGUAAAAAAGACUUUGAAGACAAAGUUAUAUGUGCAAGAGAUGGCAGGAGACCAUUGAUAACGGGUGAUUUGGUACUCACAUUAGAAAAUGGAGUUGCGGAUUUAGGUGAAUUAUGUUUUACUGACAAUUCAAGCUGGAGAAGGAGUAGAAAGUUCAUGAUUGGUGCCCGAGUCAAGGAAACAUCUACUGGCUUGAGAAUUCGAGAAGCAAUAAGUCAGGCGUUCAUUGUAAAAGAUCAGAGAGGAGUGGCAUACAAGAAGCAUCAUCCUCCAUCCUUGGUAGACGAAAUCUGGCGAUUGGAAAAAAUUGCAAAAGAUGGAGUUUUUCAUGAACGACUAGCAUCACAUCGCAUAUACACCGUGAAGGACUUUCUGCAAAUGUAUUUUACCAAUGAGUCCUUACUACGUGAGCUACUUGGUAGAUCAUCUAACAAGACAUGGGAGAUUAUAAUCAAGCAUGCCAAAGAAUGUAUUUUGGAUGACAAGCUAUACAUUUACAGAUGUGGUGUAGAUGGAAUCGGGCUUUUGUUUGAUUCCGUUUUGUCUGUCAAGGGUGCAACCUUUGAUGGCCAAAAUUAUCUGUCAAUAGAUAAACUCUCCAUAUAUCAAAUGCCUGUGGUGGAAGAUUUGAAGCAACAAGUUUAUAGAAAUCUGAAUAAGAGUGUACCAAUUGAUGUCGCGUCCUAUUUUGAGGACUCGGUGCCUAUGUCUAUACUAAACCAUAGCUUUCCUAACAAUGCAAGUUUAGGUCAUCAGGGUCUUAAUAUCCCUCUUCUGCAGCAAGAUUAUGGGAUGGUUGAUAGCAGCUAUCGAACGCAAGUUUGUGUUAGCCAAGACCCGUAUUCUGUCAAGUGUUUUUCUCCUGCCUUAAGGAACAGCUUCAUAAUUAAAGAAUUUGGCAAUGGAGCUUAUGAUCAAGAUCUAGCUACUAAUUUUGAUUAUCAGAAUGGGACAUCUUUAUGGCAUGGAAAUGAAUUGUUCAUUGAUCCAAGCAAUCAAACUAUAGACAUUGUAACUUCUGAUUAUGGAAUUUAUUUCUCAGGGAGUGGGUCGCCCCGGGCAAGGUGGUGUAAGAUUCGGGCCGCCCUUAAGUGGGGUUCAGUCAGGCGCGAUGUGGCUGCGAAAAGAUUGGCACAGCCACAUCCAUUUCUCAGUUGUUCAGUCUAAGUUAGUUAUGCAAAGCAUCAAAUGAACCAGAUUAAGUAGUUGUAAUAAACUAAGAAUCAUGUUGGGUGGCUGGAUCUGUGUUAAUACGAUCGCCACUAGUUAAUUGAUCCUUUUAUGAAUUGUGCCCAAAUGCAUACGCUUUGUAAAUAUUUGUAAUUGUAAAUAUCAAAGGGAUUAGUAUCCUGGAAUGUAACAAACUUUUGACAAA